UUCCAGGCUAUUGUAGUAACAGAUGGAGAGCGUAUUUUAGGUCUGGGUGAUCUAGGAUCCUAUGGUAUGGGUAUACCAGUUGGUAAACUGUCGCUGUAUACGGCUCUCGGUGGAAUCGUACCAGAACAAUGUUUACCGAUUUUACUGGACGUUGGCACCAAUAAUGAGAAAUUACUGAAUGACCCUCUGUAUAUUGGGUUAAAACGACCCAGGGUCAAAGGUCAGGAGUAUGAUGAUUUCGUGGAAGAAUUUAUGACGUCUGCAGUCAGAAAGUAUGGUCAGAAUUGUUUGAUACAGUUUGAAGAUUUCGGUAACCACAAUGCAUUCCGUUUCCUGGAGAAAUAUCGUGAUAGAUAUUGUACGUUUAAUGAUGAUAUUCAAGGUACAGCUUCAGUGGCUGCUGCUGGUGUUUUUGCAGCGUUAAGAAUAACAGGGAAGAAAUUAUCAGAUAAUGUUUUUGUCUUUCAAGGAGCUGGUGAGGCGUCUAUAGGUAUCGCUCAGUUGAUAGCUUUAGCAAUGGAAGAAGAAGGAACGAGUACAGAAGAAGCUAGGAGUAAAAUUUGGAUGGUCGAUUCUCGAGGCUUAAUAGUGAAAGUGAGUUUUAGUUUUAUAUCUUUUUAUCACCUGGUCUGGGGCAGAGGAGGCUUAUCAGUGAGUUAG